AACAAAGCUAUAAUAUUGAAGAGCUUACUCAAAUGGUUGAAAAUGGAAUUCCUCAAUUGAAUGCAGAUCAGAAAGUUGCAUUUGAAAAAGUCAUAACUUCAGUAGAAAAUCAAACCCCUGCUGUAUUUUUUAUUGAUGGUCCAGGUGGAACAGGAAAAACUUUUUUAUAUAAUGUUCUACUUGCAAAGAUUUGUUUAGAUGGGCAUAUUGCUCUAGCAAUAGCUUCUUCAGGUAUUGCUGCACUUCUUUUACCAGGUGGCCGAACUGCCCACUCCCGAUUUAGAAUACCUAUUAAUUUAAAUGAAGAUUCUACAUGUUCCAUCUCUCAUGACUCUGAUACAGCCUUACUAUUGCAAAGAACAAGUCUUAUUGUAUGGGAUGAAGCUCCAAUGAUGCAUAGAUAUGCAUUUGAAGCUGUAGAUUGCACUUUAAAAGAUCUCAUGAAAGCUGUUGAUCCUGCAUUGGAAGGAAAACCAUUUGGAGGUGGCCGAGAAGAGAUUGUAGGAUCCUGUUUGUGUAGAUCCCCUUUGUGGAAACAUGUUGAAGUUAUGAAACUUAAAAUUAAUAUGCGUCUUCGUUGUACUACUUCUGAUCUUAUUGAGCAAGGUGAAUUUGCUAGAUGGCUCCUUAAAGUUGGUGAAGGUCAUAUUCCUGCUGUUGGAGCUGAGAAAGACAUUAUUCAGCUUCCUGAUGACAUUUUUUUAUCAUCUGAAGAAUUAACGGAUUUAACUCAGUUUGUAUAUUCUGGAUUUUUAUUGCACACUAAUUCACAAUAUUUAGUUGAGCGUGCAAUUCUUGCCCCUAAAAAUGAUCAGGUUAAUGCUAUUAAUGAUAUAAUUAUGACUCAAUUUCCAGGAGAUGCUGUUGAGUAUCUUAGUGCAGAUAUGGUUGAAGAACAGGCUGAUGCAGAACAUUUGUAUCCUGUUGAAUUUCUUAACUCUCUAACUAUUGGAGGCCUUCCACCUCAUAGGCUCAUAUUAAAACCUGCUGAAAUUAUUACUGGAAAACAUUCUGGAAAUCGUGUUUUUCUUCCUCGCAUUACAAUGGCACCUUCAAAUACAGAUCUACCUUUUAUUUUCAAACAUCAUCAAUUCCCUGUGCAGGCUGCCUUUGCAAUGACUAUCAAUAAGUCUCAAGGACAAACAUUAAAUUUGGUUG